UUUCGGAAAUCUGUAUCAGUUGGUGUCCUGACUUCUAUACGUUCAUUAACCAUUUCUUGUAAUAUCUAAUCAUCAAAAAUCAGUCAAAAUGAAGGGAUUCAUCACGUUCGCAACCUUGUUCCUCGUCGCGUUGGCAGUGGCCGAUGUCUUCAGCCAUGAGAAUGAAUAUGAGCACACUGCCGAAGUUGAGGCUCAUCAUCGUGCCAAGAGGUCGCCAUAUGACCCAACCUUGCCGUUGAUCCUUGGAAAAAGUUUCCUCCUUGGCUCCCUCCUUGGACCCAAAUUGUUCAACAAAGGUUGGGGUGGUCACCGACACUACGGAUGGGGUUGGGCUCCCAGGUCCCGAGGUUGGGGAUGGUCAUCCGGCCCCGUCGUCACGGUUUCUCACGGAUGGGGAUGGCAUUAAGUCAUAUUUGCGUCUAGCUCAUUAAAACUCUAGCCUUCGAUUAGUUAACAAAUUCAAAUGUUGUACAAAUUCUUAGAGUAGAAUUGGCAGAGCUCAAAAACUUUCCGAGUUCCUUUCUGAUUUAUUGUGCCAAAGAAAUAAUAUUUUUAUAUCAUUACAUCAUUCUUCUGUGUUUUGUUUGUUUAAAUGGUCUACCAAGUUGAAAUUAUGAGAAAAUAAAUACUUGUGAAAAAUUAA